CCCAUGACCGUGAAUGCGAUAAGCAGUAGAAAUGGAUGGACAGACAAGUACGUCAUAUUUUCCCCUAAGACUGACAGUUUACCUUUUACGGUUAGUACGGAAGUGAUAUUGCCAGCCAGAGAGAAAAAGGGAGGAGGAGGCGUGCAGGGACAAGAGUAACAGGUUGGAAGUUGACAAGGAGUGGCCUUCUAUCGUUAUAAGCGCACUCUUUAGAGUAAAGUCCAUCAAGAAAAAUCGAGAAGUAACGCAGUGCUGUUGGGACGCCCACGAAGGAAGCAGGCAGAAAACUACCAUCACGUCACUUCUCAGCCAUGGCAUCGGGAGAUUCAAGCAAGAAAGUGUCCAGUGUCUUCAUCACCUUGGCAACACCUCACCAAGCGAAAGCCAAGCAACACAGUGGCAACAAAAAGGGAUGGGUACAUGCAGGACCUUCUCAAAGAAGCCCGGGAUCUCACAGCUCUACAACUGAAGAGCUUUCCCAAAUGUCCUUGAGCUCUGAGAGCCGUGCAUCUGUCCAGUCGGGACACAACAUGGGAAUGUUGUGGGAAAACGACAAUAAGGAUGUUGCAGGAUCAUCAGAUGUAUUUUCACCCCCUGCUCUUCCUCCUUCUCCUCCCUCUUUGCUGCAUUCAUAUCCCCCGGAUCCGAUGCCCACACCGUCACCUCCUCCUGCCCAGAAACCUGUCUCACGCCCUCCGUCCUCGCCCCGACCCACACCGUCACCUCCUCCUGUCCAUAAACCUGUCUCACGCCCUCCGUCCUCGCCCCGGCCCACUCCGUCAUCUCCUCCUGCUCAGAAACCUGUCUCACGCCCUCCGUCUUCGCCCCUGCCGCCACGUCCUAACAAAGAGGUGGCGCCAUCUAGUGGAACGAAUGCAAAAACACCGCCAAAUGAGAUCCAUGAAGAUUAUCCCAGUGAGGCCAGAGGCUUGUGUGGUUUCUGUCGGAAGCCCAUACCUUUUUCUGAACCAGCAGUAACCGCUUUGAACCGGAUUUACCAUAAAGGCUGCUUCAUGUGCAGGACCUGUCGUAGCCCUCUGGCUGGAAAACUGUUCUACCACAAUGCUGAAAUCCCUGAAUGUGAAGCGUGCUAUGAGAACAGUCUUGAUCGUUGCUGGUCAUGUGGUGAAAAGAUAAAAGGGCAACUCAUUCGGGCACUCCAGCGAACGUAUCAUACUUCUUGUUUUACUUGUGCAACUUGUAAACAACCACUGGAAAACUUCAUGCAGGCCGACAGUGGAGAAGUCUAUUGCUAUCUGGACUACGGCAGGAUGUUUGCCAAGAAGUGUAGCGCCUGCCACCAGCUAAUUAUAGCCAGUGAUGGGAGUCUUCCGAUACAUAUCGAAAGUGAUGGGCGCACCUUUCACAAAGAAUGCUACAGAUGUGAGAUUUGUCACUUCAAGUUCUCUCUGGAGAAAGAGGAGCAUGGCUGCUAUUCUGUGAAUGGGAAAAGGCUUUGUCUCACAUGCUGUCAAAAGCAAUGAACAACACACAAGAGAAUCGCUCUGACUUCUCUGUCAAGCAACAAACCAAAACCACGGAUGUGAUGGGAGACUAAACUGGUGCAUGCAACAUACGUUUAAAUCAAAUGUUUUCAAUGUGUAGUUUGUUUUGUAGCAAGACUGUUCGUGCGUAGAAGCUGGGUGUGGGAAUCACACAAAUCAAUAUUUUGCUUUCAUACUAAUAAUAUCACAAUACAGUAAUUGGAUGACAAUGUAGUUGUUUAAUCUUUAAACGAGUAUUAUGUAAUUACUAUGUAAUAAAACAUGGAUUCAUUGGUUGUUUAAUUACCCAGUCGGGAGAAUACUGGGACUCACAUCCCAUUGCAAAAUCAAAAUCAUCAUAAAGUAUUUGCGCAUCAAACAGCCAUAAUUUCAAUAUUUUGAUGAUUAGGUAUACUGUAUAGAAAAUCACAUACAAAGAUUUUUAAUGCAUAUACUGUACAAUGAAAUCUCCACCUUUCCCCAAAAGAUGUAUGUGUAACACGGCAUUGUAAAUUAUUCCCACUGUGCUUCUUACUGACCAUGAGUUCAACAUUCAAAAUAAAAUGACACUGUGAAGUUUUUGUUUAACCACACAGGAAUCAUGUCAAAAUGGCCUGUCUUGUUAUCCAAAUGAAUUCUAUCUACACUAUGUAAUAAAAUGUUUAUUAAAACAGUCUCGUUGGGUCCUUUAUGUA